GAUUGCCACCCCUCCACAAGCACUCCUCGCUGGCCCUGAACAGCUGCUUGGUCAAUAUGGUGGGCGAUGUCUUGCAGCGCCAGCGUGGCUCCCCUCCCACCAGCGCAGUGCCGUACCACGACAACCUUUGCUGAUGCUACUGAGCGCAUCUUCUUUCGGUUUUCCACGUUCUUCCCGGCUUCUGCGGGGCUCGAACCAUGCAAUUGUGAUGUGUGUUCCUGACGUCUAUAAACAUGGACUCGUAGUCCCAAUUUUAGCGCCUGUCCCAGAUUCUUCACCUGCCACUUAUUUCGCCGACCGUAGCCGACUCAUCCUUCUACAAGUGCUUGUCUCUCGAGUAAUCGAAGAUUAUAUAGAACGACCCCUCCAGCAAUGGCGCACAACCAGCCCGUUUCGUGGGUUCAGAGGCUCAAAGAUCACUGUGCCGAAAAUCGAUUGGACGAGCCGCACUUCCAGGACUAUUCCGAUCCUCGAGGAAUAAGGACAGCUUGGUCCAGUGGUGUCUUCGUCAAUGGAAAGGAAUACCGUGCCCCACUAUGGCGCGAUUAUCGCUUUCUAGAUCAGUGCCAUGAGGAGGCUGCUGAAGUUGCUCUCAAAUCUCUUCUACAACAGCGCAUGCAGAAUGCCUCUUCAUCACAAUACUAUGGUCACGGAUACGGAACGUCCAGGUAGGCGGAGGCACGCCGGCGUGCGACCCCCACCUACUUCAAUUUUCUCUCUCACGAUUUGUGCGGAAAUCAUUUAGACGACCGCUUAUUGUUCCUAUACCAACUAAGGGUCUUUUCAUUUGUCUUGAUUUUCAGUUGACCAGCGCCCGGGACCUUUUCCUGUAUUUCCUUCCAACCUCGGCAUUGUUCCUUAAUGAUGUCAAUUGCCAGCUCGCGAAACUUGGCCGCUCUAUUCAGUUUUCUCUUCUCUUGGAAAUCGGGUUUCGCUUCUUGUACAUUCUUUAAUACCCUAUUGAAACUGGAUUGGGAGUUUUAGGCUUCGGCAGUAAUGCAAAGUCCGUGCAUCAGCGUUUUGAUAUCCAGCCUAUUUCGUCUCGGAUAUCCAAUCUCCC